ACUUCUCAUUUGCUCUCCAAUCUUCUCACGUCCUGAUCCAAAAUCUCCCAAAUCCGCCUUUCACUGUAAGGGGGCGCCAAAAACCCCAUUCCAUUAAAAAAAAAAAUAAAAAAAAGAGAAAGAAAAAUACAAAUCAACAAACGCAUUCCUAUCUCUCCCUUUCUCUAUCUAUAUUUCAAUCUAUCGAUUUAUCUGUGCGGGCUUGUUAGGUUUUUAAUCGAAGCUAUGGAUCAUCAGAAUGCAGUGAAAGAAGCCCUAAACGCACUGUAUCAUCACCCGCAAGAUGAGGUUCGUUCCAAAGCAGAUGAAUAUCUACAAGGCAUUCAACGCUCCAUCGACGCCUGGCAGGUUGCUGAUAAUUUGCUUCAUGAUCCCACUAGCAAUAUGGAAACCUUAAUCUUUUGUUCUCAAACUCUUAGAAGCAAGGUACAAAGAGAUUUUGAAGAACUGCCUUCUGAAGCCUUUAGACCAUUGCGAAGUUCCUUAAAUACUCUGCUGAAAAAAUUUCACAGCGGCCCCCCUAAAGUCAGGACUCAGAUUAGCAUUGCUGUUGCUGCCUUGGCUGUGCAAGUUCCUGCAGAGGAUUGGGGAGAUGGUGGCAUAGUGAAUUGGCUUAGGGAUGAGAUGAAUUCUCAUCCAGAAUAUAUACCAGGAUUCUUGGAGCUACUUUCAGUUUUGCCAGAGGAAGUAUACAACUAUAAGAUAGCUGCUCGUCCAGAAAGGCGCCGCCAAUUUGAAAAGGAGUUGACUUCUCAAAUGGAGCUUGCUCUUAAUAUUUUGACAGCUUGCUCAAAAAUUAAUGAACUCAAGGAGCAGGUUCUAGAGGCAUUUGCUUCUUGGCUUCGACUGAGGCAUGGGAUCCCUGGAUCUGUGCUUGCUUCUCACCCAUUAGUGGUUGCAGCUCUCUCAAGCUUGAAUUCUGAGCUACUUUCAGAGGCAGCUGUAAAUGUUGUCUCAGAAUUGAUACACUAUACAACAUCAGGAAGCUCUGGUGGUAUUCUUGUACAGAUGCCUUUGAUUCAAGUGCUUGUACCUCAAGUUAUGAGUCUCAAGGAGCAACUUCAGGAUCCAUCGAAGGAUGAAGAAGAUGUCAAGGCCAUUGCUCGAUUAUUUGCUGACAUGGGUGAUUCAUAUGUUGAGCUUAUUGCAACUGGUUCUGAUGAAUCAAUGGUGAUAGUGAAUGCAUUACUGGAAGUUGCUUCACAUCCAGAAUAUGACAUUGCUUCCAUGACAUUUAAUUUUUGGCACAGUCUUCAAGUUAUCUUGACUAGAAGGGAUUCAUAUAUUUCAUUCGGUGAUGAAGUGUCCAUUGAAGCUGAGAGAAGUAGGAGGCUGCUAGUUUUUCGGCCAGCCUAUGAGUCAAUUGUGUCUCUGGUUAGCUUUCGAGUUCAGUAUCCCCAAGAUUAUCAAAAUCUUUCAAUUGAAGACCUCAAGGAUUUUAAACAGACUAGAUAUGCUGUUGCGGAUGUGUUAAUUGACGCUGCAUCAGUUCUAGGUGGUGAUGCAACUUUAAAGAUUCUUUAUGUGAAACUUGCUGAGGCUCAAGCUUGCUGGGGGAAUGGACAUAGCGAGUGGCGUCCAGCAGAAGCUGCUUUAUUUUGCAUCAAGGCUGUAUCAAAUUAUGUUUCAGAUGUUGAAGCUGAAGUAAUGCCCAAGGUUAUGUCUUUACUGCUAGAGCUUCCACAUCAACCCCAACUGCUUCAGACAGUGUGCUUAACAAUUGGAGCAUAUUCAAAGUGGCUUGAUGCUGCAUCAGAUGGAUUGCCUUUAUUAUCUUCAGUCAUGAAAAUUCUCAUGCAUGGCAUGGGGACAUCAGAAGAUUCUGCAGCUGCUGCAGCUGUGGCAUUCAGACAUAUCUGCAAUGAUUGUCGGAGAAAGCUUUGUGGAUAUUUCGAUGAUCUCUUCCCCAUAUACCAUAGGGCAGUAAUUGGGGAAGGUAGCUUUAGAAUUUCUGCUGAAGAUUCUUUGCAUGUGGUUGAAGCCUUAAGCAUGGUCAUAACAGAACUUCCUCCAGACCAGGCUAAGCAGGCUUUGGAGAAAUUAUGCAUGCCAGUUGUUAAUUCUUUACAAGGAGUUAUCAAUCAAGGUCCAGAAAUAUUGGAGAAGAGACCUGCUCGAGAGUUAACAGUUCAUAUUGAUCGACUUGCUUACAUCUUUAGAUAUGUUAAUCAUCCUGAAGCUGUGGCAGAUGCAAUUCAAAGGCUUUGGCCACUCUUUAAAGCAAUCUUUGACAUUCGUGCUUGGGACAUGCGGACAAUGGAGUCUCUUUGUCGAGCUUGUAAAUAUGCUGUGAGAACUUCUGGGAGGUUCAUGGGAAUCACCAUUGGAGCAAUGCUAGAAGAGAUUCAAGCCCUAUAUCAACAGCACCAUCAGCCUUGCUUCCUUUAUCUCUCUAGUGAAGUUAUAAAGAUAUUUGGUUCUGACCCGUCUUGUGCAUACUACUUGAAAAAUUUGAUUGAAGCUCUUUUCAAGCGUACAAUAUGUCUCCUUACCAAUAUCAAGGAGUUCACUGCCAGACCAGACAUAGCAGAUGAUUGUUUUUUAUUGGCAUCAAGAUGCAUUCGUUAUUGCCCUCAACUUUUUAUUCCAUCUGCUGUAUUUCCAAUGUUAGUUGAUUGCUCUAUGAUUGGUAUUACCGUACAGCACAGAGAGGCUUCCAAUUCCAUACUGACCUUCUUGUCUGACAUCUUUGACAUCGCAAAAUCUAGUGUGGGGGAACAAUACUUAUCCAUCAGAGAUAGUGUUAUUAUUCCCCGAGGUGCCAGCAUUAGUAGAAUUUUGAUUGCAUCAUUAACUGGAGCGCUUCCUAGUUCUCGAUUAGAAACGGUUAUGUAUGCUUUACUGGCACUAACUCGUGCAUAUGGAGCGAAUGCAUUGGAGUGGGCCAAGGAGAGUGUUUCACUAAUUCCAUUGACAGCUGUCACGGAGGUGGAGCGUGCUAGAUUUUUUCAAGCGUUGUCAGAUGCAGCAUCUGGGAUUGAUAUCAAUGCGCUGAUGGUUCCUGUUGAAGAGCUUUCUGAUGUUUGUCGGAGAAACCGAACAGUGCAAGAGAUUGUUCAAGGAGCAUUGAGGCCGCAUGAGUUGAAUUUGAUUACUGUAUCAUAGUGGAGAUCUAUACGAACGUGCAUUCUUGCUUAGGGGGUCCAUCUAUUAGUCAUGAGUUCAUGCGAGUUAUUUGAAGGUAUAAUAGCUGUUUCAUUCAUUUUUCAUGGUGUAUUAUUUAUAUCAUUCUCCAAUUUUUUUAGGAGAAUUGUUUCCAUUGGUUGGGAGAGAACGAUGGGUGAUUGUUGUAUCUUUGAUUGAUGAGAUGUUGGAUGUCUCGAGUGGUUUGAACCGCACUGGCUUCAAUUUUUGGGGUGAAGUUUCAGUAUGAAGAUGUAAUUUUAGCGUGCAAUGGUUGGGAAAAAAAGGGAAGAAAAAUUACACACACUACACACAUUGCUUAUUUAUUUUAUUUUAUUUUUUACUUUGAGAAGUUAUUUCUCAAUAUUUUCAGAUCUUA